CAACCUCGGGGCAUAUGUCAUUGCACGAGAAUGCAAUAAUGAUUACAAGUACUGUUACGGUUGUUCUGUUCAGCACAGUUGUAUUCGGGUUGAUGACGAAGCCUCUGAUAAACCUUCUGCUACCCCCGCACAAGCAGAUACCAAGCGGUCAUUCGUCAAUGACAACAUCCGAACCCAGUAGUCCAAAGCACUUCACGGUGCCACUCCUGGACAACCAACCUGACUCAGAAAGCGAUAUGAUAACCGGACCUGAGGUUGCUCGACCAACUGCCUUGCGCAUGCUGCUAAGGACGCCAACCCACACCGUGCACCGCUACUGGCGUAAGUUUGAUGAUUCGUUUAUGCGUCCCGUGUUUGGCGGGCGGGGAUUCGUUCCGUUUGUCGCGGGCUCACCAGUUGAGCAGAGCCCUAGAUGAGGUACAAAGUACAAACAAGACACUGUUGCUGGGUGAAAUAGUGUAAGUUGUAUCAUAGUUGAUUCUGGUUGCCCCUCUUAUGAAAUGGGCUGGGUGAAAGUCUUCUCACUAGCUAGGUUGCAUUGCAUUGCUACUUCAUAAAUGUUUUAUUUUAUUUUGUAAAUGUUGGUGCAUUUUAGGUACUUGUAUUAACACCUCAUUUGUAGCAUAUUAUUUGGUACAGAGUAUUUUUUUUAUGAAACAAUAAUGGCUGAAUUAUCAAUUUGGCUCUAUGUUUUGAUGCUUA